AUGUUUUGCUUUAAAGUUAUAAAGCACCGAGUUCGGGGCCCAGCACCCACCGACUCCAGCAGCUGUUCUGUCUGCUGCGGUUUUUGUGCCUCCAUUUCCGUUUCCACGCGAAUAGCAUACCCGACCCUUUGGUUUCUGCUUUUCGGAAUUAUCCUCAGUGGGGCCCUACGCAGAGCAAUUGCCGUCCAGCCAGAUGCUGCCUGCCCCCGAAGCUUGGAUUGUACCCUGAGAAGGAGGGCCCUGUGCCCACCAGGCUCUGGUGCCUGUGGGCCCUGCCUCCGACCCUUUGUGGAGGAUGACCUUGGCCACUGCAUUCCCAAAAAACAGCUACCAAGAGGUAAGAUGCAGCCCUGGCCCAACCUGGAAGAAGAAAUCGACUUACUGGCUAACAUGAUGGCCCAUCAAGACACUGUGCCCCAGCGCCAGGACACUGUCCCCCAGCUCUUCCGCUGGCCUGCAACCGCCCUGGUCCCAGGACAGGAGCCUAAUACCCCAUCCCCUCAGGGAGUACAAGUUUCCACGAUCAGAACCUCCCAUUCAUCUUCGAGGCAUGUGGAGAUGUCACCUGUGGAUCCCCCACACCCAUCCAAUGACGUCCUUGUUCUCAUGACGAUCGUGGUCUGUACAGUGGCUGGGCUCUCAGCGCUGGUUGUGGCUGUGGUCUGCUGGUGCAGGUUACACAAGGAAAUCCGCUUGGCUCAGAAAACAGACUACUCCUCCAAGUCCCAGAAAGGAUCCGGCUCCCCGGCCUUCUCCAGAAGCGUGCCUGGGGACAAGAAGUUUGCCCAGAGUGCCCAGAUGUAUCAUUACCAGCACCAGAAGCAGCAGAUGGACUCUGGGUCCUCUGGGGAAGAAAAGGAGGAUGGAGACUUCACUGUCUAUGAGUGUCCUGGCCUGGACCCUAUGAAUGCCUUGACUGGAGAGAUGGAAGUGAAGAACCCGAUGUUUGACGACUCAGCUGUAGUGGGCCCUAGUUCCCAUGCUGCCUCUAGCCCUCCAGCCAGCAGCUCUCCAUCUGGAUCUGGUCCCCGUGUCAGUUCGGGCUCCCGAACUAGUGGGUCCCGGACUGGCCCCCGCCCCAGCCCUCGCGCCCCCCCCCCGCUGGUGGCCCCCAAAUCUCACCAAUGA